GCUGAAUUUUUUGGAUGGAAUGCAACUCGAUAGGUAUAAUGAAGAACUACAACUAGUAUUUGAAUUCCAUGGUCGGCAACACUAUAGUCUAAAUUCAAUGUUUCAUAGGAGAGGCCAGAUAGAUUUGGAUGAACAGAGAGUGCGUGAUCAGAAGAAGCAGGAUAUAUGCAAGGAGCAAG